UCAUUUACAUGUAAUUAUGACUAACCACUCGAAACUUCACUUUCCGGACCCUAUGUAUCUUACUAUUUUGAGUAGAAAAGUGUUAGAAGAUAUACUUCCGUUGUUUCAAUUGAUAAAAGUAAUUAAUCAACACGCGCAUCUAUACUUGAACGGACGUGGUGUAGUUUGAACUUUGCGAGGAUACUUGUGUUAUUGCUUGAUGAAACAUUUUAUCAAAGGAGAAUAAGUUACAUGAUAAAAGAUUAACAUCGAUCUACAUAUGAAUUAGACGGUUCAGAAGCUAGAAGUCUCACCUUCCUACAAUAAAAAAACCGGAAGGAAAUGGUUUGGUGCAGGGUAGCCCUUCUGGAUGGCAGCACAUUCGAGCUCAAAGGGAUUGAUAAAAACUCUAACGGACACUUGGUCUUUGAUGAAGUGACAAAAUACAUCAAUCUAAUAGAGACAGACUACUUUGGGUUAACUUUCAGGGAUGAAACUAACAGAAAUUUCUGGUUGAAUAACACAAAAAAGAUCUCAAAGCAAGUAAAAGGAGGAGCAUGGCUUUUCGAGUUUCAUGUGAAGUUUUAUCCUCCAGAUCCAAUAACCCUGAAAGAAAACAUCACAAGAUACCAGCUAAGUUUACAAGUCAGGAAAGAUCUCUAUAAUGGCAGACUUUUAUGUUCCUUUGCCACAUACGCACUCCUCGGUUCAUACACUGUACAGGCCGAAUUGGGCGACUGGGACCAGAAGAAGUUCGGCGACUCCGUCGAAUAUAUACAUGACUUUAAUUUCGCUCCGGGACAGAAUAUAGAUCUUUUAAAGAAAAUCGUCGAACUUCACAAAACUCACAGAGGACAAACUCCAGCUGUAGCUGAUGCUAAUUUUCUGAAGAACGCUAAAACCGUUAAUAUGUACGGAGAGGAUAUGCACGACGUAAAAGAUGCAGAAGACAAAAAGUUGUCCCUUGGGAUCUGUGCCAAUGGUGUUUCUGUAUACCAAGACAGAGUAAGGAUCAGUCGAUUUGUGUGGUCUAAAAUACUGAAAAUAGAGUUUGUAAGGGACCUAUUAAAAAUUAAAAUCAUUAAUAGAGAGCAACACGAAAUCACAAUCGGUUUUCGAUGCCAUACCUACAAGCUAGCAAAGAGUUUAUGGAAAUCUUGCGUGGAACACCAUGCUUUCUUCAGGUUGGAAACAGCCUUUCCCAAAAGUUCAUCAACGUUUUCAUCUCGUUUUCUCUACUCUGGUAGAACUGCAGUCGAGGCAAGAAAAGCUGCAGAAAUGAUAAAACGUGAAGAACCACACAUAGUGCGUACUGCUGAACGAAGGUCAUUUGGUAAUAAGCACAAAGAUGCCAUCUUGGAGGGAGACAGAAAUACUGAAGAGAUAUAUAGCAAAGUACAGAAGCGGCCAACAUGCGAGAACGCUUCAGACAAAUUAGAUCAUCAAGGAGCUGAGGUGAUCACAACAUACAAAGCGUGCGUCGGAUGAUCAUUUACCGGGAGGUGAAAAGUGUGACAUCGGAAAAUGAUUUCAGUGUGUACGAAUAGAGCAGAAUCUACAGAUAUCCAUGUAAUAACAGGUGUUAUAACACUGACUGCGAAUCGAGACCGUUUUAUAUACUUCGAAAUAAUAUACAUUUGCAAAUGUACACGUUUUUCGUUUUGUAAAGGUGUGUUUAUUAAGCAAAUUUAGACAAGAUGUUUCUCAGACGUCAACUUCUUUUACAUUUUUGCAUAACAAUGUACAUUUUUACAUUACAAUGUACAUUUUUACAUUACAAGUGUUGUUUUGAUUUGUAACAUGUAGUUUUAAAGAGACAUAUCUAAUAACAAAACAGAUAAAUCUC